AUGAAAUUUUUCGAAAAAACUGUAAAAAGCCUUACCAGCUAUAUAAGUUGGUUCUUUAGGAUGAGGCUGACGAACAGGAAUUUCUUGCAGAAACCUUCCGCAAGUUGACUAGACGCUCAUGCGACUCCUGCAACUUUCUGGAGAUCAGGAAGUAACAAAAAACGUUUGUCAUCCGUCUUUUAGCAAUAAAAAAUGCUCUCGCCUCAUUUAUCGACAGUAUGCCACAAUUUAUGUGGUUUUUUGCGUUGAUGCCGCUGAAAGCGAAUUGGGGAUUUUGGAUCUUAUUCAAGUUUUCGUGGAUCUCUUGGACAAGACGUUUGAGAACGUCUGCGAACUUGAUAUAAUUUUUAAUGCGGAUAAGGUAAUUAUUCUUGUAUUUUUUGGCGAUUUGAAGAGUGGAGCAGCAUCCAUGUUCGAUAAGUGCAUGCUUAGAGCACCGCGAUAUGUCCCGACAGCGAUAAGUGUUUACGAGGUGGUUCGUCAGAGGGAGGGAUGUUCGCUAGUCCUCACCGGACGAAGACCUCAUUUUGACCUGCCAUGAAGUGUAGUUACCGCAACUUACCGAAGAACCAUACUUCGUUCAAUAAUUUUAAGAUCGAUCUUUUUUAUUUGUCACGAACGCUAACCACAGCAGCAGGCAAAGCUUGGUGUGCCCUCACAAAAGACCGGCAUAUUCCAAGUUUCCAGAGUCAGCAGGCAAGCCUGACGUAUCCCUCCGGCACCCCAGCAGUGCAAUUUUGUGCAAGUUAUACCACUAAAAAUAGCCACUAGCCAAACGAUAGUCAGAAGGCGUCUUUGCACUAUUGAUUGUUGCAAAGAUUCCCUUUUACUGAUUGGAUUUUCUAGUCAUUCAACGAACGCCUGAGUGCCGUUCGAACUCCCUCUUUUUGUUGUUAGGGAAGUCCUCUGGCCUUCUCACCUUUCAACACUCUGUGGUAUCCGUACAUUUUUAGGUCCACUAUCUACUAAAUGAGCUGAUUUGUGGCGGCAUAGUCCUUGAGACAAAUGUUAGCGAGAUUCUUAAACGCAUCGAAGAGCAGGAGGCAUUGGGCCAUCUCGACUUUGGGCGUGGGGGUCCAGCAAGCGAUCAGCUCGCUCUACAAUAUCAACCUAUCAGUCCCUUACCCUCGAUGGUCUCAAGUACGUCUACUCGAUUGCGCUCACAUCUCCGUUCAUCCGGGCGCUCUAUCCUAUCUUCCUCCACGGCUGUCGCUUCUGCUGCCGUCGCCACCGUCACUGGCGCUUGGAAGAAAGCAUCCUUGUCAUCUUCCACUACAUUUGACACUUCCGGCUUUCGUGACAUCGCCGACACGAACCAGGAGUCCAAAUGUACUAAGUCCAACCUUGCAAGCUGUGCCGACGAAUCUAGGAAGCUUUAUCUGUGAUAUUUUUUAGCCGCACCUGAUCUCCGUAUUUUGUCCUUACUUCCAGAGUGUUCUGUUGUAGGUCUUUGA